AUGCAGACUCGUAUCCUCGCACGUGAGACUGGUGAUCUCAAGCCCCAGGACUUUGCACGCAGCCUCGCCAGCGACCUGAUCCGCACAUUUGCGCCCGCACCGCAACACCGUUUCAAUGGCGAGAUCCUGACGUCGCAAGGCUCGGCCAGAGGCGGCCCCUCCUCCGUGACCGAGGAGCGAGCGCACAACACCCGCGCGCACGGUGCCGGCGUCACCGCCCUCGACGUCGACAAGUUCGACGGGCGCCUAAUGAUAUCUGGCGGCGCCGACGGCUCCGUCAAGAUCUGGGAUCUCGAGAGCGCGUCGAGCCCUCACACGCUGUACACCUUCCAGCCAACGUUGACGAUUGCGCGCUCAACGCAAGAUGCGCGUAGCAGCGGCAACAGGGGCCACAGUCACGGCGUCACGCACCUGGCCUUUUACCCGUUCGAUUCUGGCGCGUUCCUCUCUAGCUCGUUCGACAAGACGCUGAAGCUUUGGUCGACGCCGCGCGCGGCCUUGUCGGCCGAAUUUCCGCUGAACGCCACGAUUUACUCGCAUGCGACGAGUCCCGUGGCCGAUCACCUUCUCGUUGCGUGCGCUACGCAGCAUUCCAACGUGCGACUGGUCGACCUCAAGUCCGGCGCCGCCGUUCAGGCGCUCGUGGCACACGGAGGGCCGGUUCUCAGCACCGCCUGGAGCCCGCGGCAAGAGCAUAUCCUCGCCAGCGGGCAUGCCGAUGGCAAAGUGCGCAUAUGGGACAUUCGCCGCGCGGGAGGUGCUGUCGCUCAGCUUGACCAGGAAGACUCUCUUGGGGUGGUGCAUCGCUUCACCCUCGCAACGGCGAAUGGUGCGGACUGGGACCGUCAACCGCACUACCGUGCGUCAUCUCAGGCUCACGACGAAGCUGUAAAUGCAAUCAAAUGGUCGGACGAUGGCAGGUACAUUGUCACGGCCGGCUUGGACCGCAAGAUCCGCGUUUGGGACGCCGAUACGGGCGCAAAUACCCUUGCUAGUUUUGGGUCGGUUAUCCAGAAUCAGCACCCCAAGACGGCAAGUAUGCUCCUGUCACCAUCGGGUCUUUGCAGCAAAGGUGAUGCUCUCAUCUGGGCUAACGACCAGGAGAUGCUGGUGCUGAACAUGCACGACGGUACCGUCAUCACGCGCCUACGUAGCCCUGGCAUGACGAAUCCUGUUGGUCCGCGCAGCGCCGAGAUUGGCCGAAAUAGGAUCACGACCAUGGCUUGGCGAGGUGCCGGGGGAAGCGGCUAUCGCACACUUGGCCCGGUCAUGGGUGGCGCGCAGUCGCUGGGGACAAUCUACAGUGCUCACUUGGAUGGACGCAUCCGUACGUGGAUGGUGACCAUCCCUGGCCCUGACGAUGUUGACGAUAUUGAAGAGAUGGAUGAAGAUGAGGAGGUGCGGAGUCGUAAACGCAAAGCAGUAGAUGAUGCAUACAAAAGCCUCAUGGGAAAGAAGAUUACUUUCACAUGA